AUGCUCAAGGACGACUUCACAAAGGCGAGCGUGAUCCGAGAGUGCCGUGCCGCUCUCGAAUCUGGUUGUAUCCGACCGCAGCUUUUACUCCCAUCCCUACCAUUCCUUUCGAUCGAACGCAGAUGGCUCCGGGCAGGAACUACGCCUGGGGGAUAUCUAUAUCUGCUCUUACACGCUGACACUCUCGGCUCUGGUCAGAGCUCGCCGGACAAUGAAGACCCAUGCGCAGGGCAGGGGAAGGCACCCGCAACUGUCGACAGCGAGCUUGACCUUGUUCGGGAACUCGUUCCCCCGAAGGUCAAGUUAUUUCUGGAGAAGGAGCCACACAAGCAGGACCACGAGCAGCCUUACAAUUCACGUUUCGCCAUGAGAGAGACGCCUGACACUGCUUGA